CUGAUGAUCAUAGUUUCUUAUAAAAAUAAAGUUGGAAGAGAUUUGAUAUGUAACAAUAUUAUGCUGAUAUUUCUUGAGACAAAAUCUUUCCAAAAAUUUUGCAAAAUUUGAUUAUCAUGCUUGCAUGUGGAAUGGUGAGGGGAUUCGAGGAAAGAAAUGGAGGGGAGCGUGCUGACACCCUCAAUGGAGGGAAUGAAGCAUGUGAGAACCAAGGAAGGCGAAAUGCUCACCAAGCCUUUCCUUGAUGUCUGCAAGCUCAUCCUCCCCGUCCUAGAUAAGUUUGGACCGGCUAUGGUAAUUGUGAAGGCAGAUAUUGGGGGUAACAUAUCGAGACUUGAAAACAAGUACACUUCAGAUACUCAGAAGUUCAAAUUCAUGUACACCAUAGUGCUAGUUGAAGUUGAAAAUAGAACAGCUAAAUCCUAUUCAAGCUGCACAAAUGCACUUCUUUGGUUAACCAGGGCCAUGGACUUCUUAGUGCAACUGUUAACAAAUUUGAAUGAGAAUCCAGAUUGCAGUAUGUCUCGUGCCUGUAAUGAAUCUUAUAACAAGACCUUGAAGAAAUGGCAUGGAUGGAUAGCUAGUUCUAGCUUUAUGCUGGCCCUAAAUUUUCUUCCCGAUAAGCAAAAGUUCUUGGAUGUAAUAGGUGCAGGAUCAAGUGACGUAAAAGAAGAAAUCACUAACUUCUGUUCUGCUUUCUCUCUCCUCCUCAAAGCAAACCAUAAAUUCCUGGCUGGUGUUGGACUUGACGGUAUGAAAUCUUCAUGAUGUGAAAGUGCUAAUGCUUGAUUCCUGCUUGGCUGCACAUAUUUUUUUACACUAAAGAUUGUAGAAUACAUUGAUCCAAUCAAAGAGAUCAUUUUAUUAGACAGAUAUUGUAAAAUUUUGGAAGUUUUUUUUUGUUUCACUGUAUAAAAUCUACUGUGUGUGGAUGGGAUGCAAAAUGAAUACUACUAUUAUACAAAGAAACGAUAA